UCUCAUUUUAAUAUUGCCAAGACUUAGUAGGUAGGUAGUAGGUAGUACCCUGUCAGAAUUUGUGGCAUAAUAAGUUCUACCUGUUUUCAUUAAAUUCAAAAUAAGAGGGCAGCAACUAAAGCGAGCAGCAAAAAAGUACAUCCCCAUAAUAAUAGAUGUUUUGUGCAUUUAGAAGGGUAGUUUUUUUAUGUAUGAUUUGCAAACUUUUAAACAGAUGUUUAUUUAUACGCAGGCUGAUUAAAAAUAAUUAAAAAAAAAUGUCAAGCAUGGACAGUGGAAGUGAGGAUGAGUUUUAUGAUGCUACAGAAGAAUUAUCCCCCAAAAAAUCAGUCAAAGGACCUAAUAAAAGCGAGCAAACGCCAGAAAAUAUAACUGAAUCUAAAAAUGACAAAAAUAAGAAUAACACAAGUGACAGUGAUGAUGGGCAGACUCCCAGAAUACCAACAACAGAACAAUCAAAUGAAACUCUUGAAAUAGAGAGAGAUAAUAUAUUAAUGAAGGACAAUGAAAUAGUUAAUAUACAAGUUCAGGAGCGUACUAAGAUCAACAAUGUCUCUAAGCAACUUGAACAAAUCAAUAUAUCGAGAAGUACAGACACUUCCCUACUUGAAAAAAAAUCAGAAGCUGACUUGAGUCUCGACAACAACAGCACUUUAGGACCCGAAAAUAAGCAGGAUUCUACAAAAAGUAGUACAACUGUCAGUGAAAGUAACUUGAUGGUAGAAAAUUCAUCACCACAGCCUGUUGCUCCACCAAGAAGAAAACGUAAACAAAAAAAGGAGAUAAAACAAGCAGAGAAAGUUGAAGUUAAAAUAAGCAAUCCAGUUGACGACACAGAUAAAGAAGUUGAUAAAUUCAUGGAUGUGGAAAAGAAUGAUGCUCCGUGUAUUAAAGUCAGUCCAAGUACAAACGAGAUGACCCAAAUUCUAGAAAGCGGGAACUCACUUGAAGUUGUUUUUAAUAAUGAUCUGAUGGCACGUAAGAGUGGAGGCCCUUCAAUGCCAAGUUCACCAGAUAAUCGCAAUACAAAAAGUGGACUUGUUAGAGUUAAUUCCAUAUCUGGAAGGCCACUCACAGAUGCAGAAAUUCUGGAACAAGUUGGUAUUAAGAACUUAGAUACAGGGGAAACAAUUCCAUUGUCGUUGGCUGAAGAAAAAUUACCAGAAUGCACCAACCCGUUAGCACUUCAUAUUCUUCGACUAGCUACGGAACAAAAUAGUGGUACAAAUCUUGGAGAUGAUGAUGAAGGCCAUAUGUCAGACACGUCAGUAGCAUCAGGUGGAAGAGCACAAGGAAAACGUAAAAAAUUGAAGAAAUUUCUUGGUAAAACAGUUGAAAAAAUACGAGCAGUUGCCGAUGAAGUGAAGGGUCAAGGUAAACGAAUGGAUGAAUCAUCAUCAGAAGAUGAAGAGCAACAUUCAGAUGAUGGUGGUUACGUCAAGUUUAAGAAUCAUCGUGCCAUUAAGGAACGACUUAUGUUUAAUAAAAUUAAAUUGCUACAAGACUUAAGUGGGGAACACAUAGGAGCUGUAUGGACAAUGAAGUUCUCUCUGUGUGGAAAACUUUUGGCCACUGCUGGUCAAGACAAUAUAGUUAGAGUCUGGGUGUUAAAAGAGUCUGCACCCAAUUUUGAAGAAAUGCGAUUAAAAUAUUCUCGUCCAACAGGACGUACUUCACCAACUGGUUCAAUGACAUCAAGAACUUCAACAGCAUCUACAGAUGAGGAUCCCCUUGUGGAGGAUUUGCUGCGGGCACACGGAGAAGGCGAUGACGAAAACGAUGAAGGUCCAUUUAGAAGAGUUCCAUUUGUUUCUUAUCAUGGCCACACCUCAGAUGUGCUUGAUUUGUCAUGGUCAAAGAACUAUUUCUUGCUGUCUUCUUCUAUGGAUAAAACAGUUCGGUUAUGGCAUAUAUCACGGCAAGAGUGUUUGUGUUGUUUUCAACAUGUUGAUUUUGUCACGGCUAUUUGUUUUCACCCAAAGGAUGAUCGGUAUUUUCUAAGUGGAUCAUUAGAUGGCAAAAUCAGAUUAUGGAACAUACCAGAAAAAAAAGUCGCGUUAUGGAACGAAAUUGAUGGCUCUGGUACUAGUCUCAUCACUGCUGCUAACUUUUGUCAAAAUGGAAAGUUGGCAGUUGUAGGAACAUAUGAUGGUCGUUGUAUAUUUUAUGAUACUGAACGUUUAAAAUAUCACACGCAAGUGACAGUUCGCUCCAGCCGUGGUAAAAACGCCCGUGGCCGGAAGAUCAGUGGAAUUGAGCCUAUGCCUGGCGAGGAUAAGGUUCUGAUUACGUCAAACGAUUCACGCAUUCGACUUUAUGAUUUAAAGGAUCAUUCGCUGUAUUGUAAAUAUAAAGGACUACAGAAUGAAUCUAGUCAGAUACGAGCGAGUUUCAGUCACGACGGAAAAAUGAUAUUGUGUGGUUCAGAGGAUAAAUUCGUUUACAUUUGGCAAACACACCACGAUGUCGCAAAUGUUCGUAACGAUCGAAACGAAUAUUACGAAUGUUUUUCAGCUCACGAUGCUGUGGUUACCGCCGCCAUAUUUGCACCCUACCCGGCAGCCAUUAUGGAAAAACUGGCUGAUGAAAGUAGUGAGACAGAUGGUCUUUUCACAUCGCGAACAGUUGGGAAAGAAAAUUUAUCCAAACCAUUUGAGGUACUGGUUGCAGCAGAUUGGCAAGGGGGGAUCAAGCUUUUUAUCAACAAAUAACGCUGACUAAGCAAUAAUUUAGUGAUCACACCAAGUUUAAAUAUCAAACCUCUUGACUGUUAGCGAUUCAUUGCGUUUGAUUAAAUGAAAAGGAAAAGUUGGUUCUUCAGCGACGUGAAAUUAUCCAAAGAAGUUCCAAGUGUACGCAUAGCUGAAUUAAACUCAGCUAUGAAAAUGAUUCAAAAAUUGUCUGUUUAUGUUAUUUUAAUGCGGUGAUUUCGUACUCGCUAGGCUUUUUAUUGUUUUGAGGGAACUCUGAUCAUAUUCGGCUGUCGUAAUUUUUUUUCCACUUCUGAUCAGGCUGGCCUGGUCUUGUGCUGGUUUUAACGAAGUACGUCGCGUUUUUCUUAGAGUGGUUUUUACUUAUAAUUUUGUGAAAUUCUUGAAUCGAAUUUAAAAAAACCGUAUCGAAGAUAGCCUAUAGCAACAACAAAAUGGUUGCCGUUCUUCAUGUUUUAUAGUAUCGUUAUGUGGGCAACCAGAAUGAGAUUGAUUUUCUGUUCAAUAAAUAUAAUUUUUUACAUUUCUUGGCAUUUGUUCCGCAUAGAGAAAUUGAAUUUA